UGUACGUUACAGGAAGGGACUGCCACCGCUUUCUUCUUACGAACGUCGUUUCUAGCAGAAAGUGCACACCAUCGAAGUCGCGGUGCAGACUAGAUCGGACGGGCUCCGCGGAGAUCACAUGACCACAGCACUGUCAUGGCUGCUUCCACAGUGCUCAGAAAAAGCAUGGGAAUGACUUUGGCAGUUGGAAGAGUUUCUAAUGUCCCGAGUCUUUCAAACCGGGCUGGACUGAAGCACCGCAGGCACUUACAGCAGGGGUCCAGGUAUCAGACUGCCUGCAGGAGUCUGCACACGUCGGCGGGUCUCCGCCACAGUGACGAGGAAGGGGCGGAGCGGGAAUGCAGCAAGGAUGUGGUGAACGUUGUGUACGUGGACCGUUCAGGACGGAGGAUUCCAGUGAAGGGCAGAGUCGGGGAUAAUGUGCUUUAUCUUGCUCACAAACAUGGCAUUGAGCUGGAAGGUGCGUGUGAAGCCUCGCUAGCGUGUUCUACGUGUCACGUGUAUGUAAGCGACGGGUACCAGGAUAAACUGCCAGAACCAGAUGAGAGAGAAGAUGACAUGCUGGACAUGGCUCCCCUGCUCCAGGAGAACUCUCGCCUGGGCUGCCAGAUCAUCCUGACCCCUGAGCUGGAGGGCAUGGAGCUCACCCUGCCCAAAAUCACACGCAACUUCUACGUGGACGGACACACGCCCAAGCCACACUGACCGGCAGAGUGGACCCAUGGGAGGGGGAGGGGGGGGGGGGGGGGGGUGCUACAGGGGCUUGACGGUCCUCUGCUGGCCAGUGUCCACGACGGCUUCAGAGUGCAAGGCGAUGGAGCUUCAGUACAGCAUUGCAGAGGUCCUAAAGCAGAGGGCAGGGUGUCCGGGGCCUAACGAAAAGACGCAAGUUUAUUACCGCCUGCUUUGUUUCACGUUUAUGAGCAACCCUCCCGUUUUUUUGUCGGAUCCUCAGUUAAAAUGAUCCGCUGCCUCUCAGGGGUCAGUGGCUGAAUUGAUAUGAAAAUAAAAGAAAAGGUCACAUUUCCUGUCUGAUUACAAAAAAGGAGACGGAGCUUCCAUUCUCUCUUUAUGAAAAAAAAAAAAAACACUUCCAGAGUAUUUAAACUCAGUGCUGUUCACUGGAAUUCACCUCAGGAGUGUUAGCUAGCCCUGCACACCUCGUUAGCAGGGUCAGCCCGCUCUGUGCAGGCAGCCCAGGGGAGCACCCUGUUUCAGUUUCAGGGUUACAGGCAGACAGUCAGUGUCUGAGAGGAAUUGGGACUGUGUUGAUAAGCGCUUGUGAUCUGGCAGGGGCCUGUCUGAACCCAUCAGGUACCAUCGCCCUCAUUCCUAGCAUUUUCAACCAGCAGCGUCUACCUGUUAUUUUAAUUUUCUCUUUAAAUUGUUAUAAUAACUUACUCUGUGAUUUUUGUUCAAGGCAAAAGUCUGAAUGUAAUUAUCACAUUGCGUAAAUAAAUACAGCUUGCAUUGUGAUUUUCAUUUUUGAAAAUGUAACUGAUCCGUGUAGUGGAUUCUGCAGAAAGCCACGGCAACAUUACAAGCGCGUUCCCUUUCCUCUGUGAACCUUAAGUCCUCGCGUUAACGAACACUGUAGCGUGUCGCGUCCCCACCCUCCGAGGGCUGAUUUACAAGAGCGGGGAAGCACGCCGGCAGAGAACGGCCCGUCAUUCUGCCUUGUCAUACCUUAGCCCGUUACCAUCCUGCUGUUAAAAUACCAUUGCUGUCAUAACCCACACUUCUAGAAAGCCUAAGCUCUGUAAUUAUAUAUAAUGCUGUAAAUAAUGUAACCAAGUACACAAAUUACUGUAUAAUGCUGAACACAGGCACAAUGGCUAUAUGCAACUCAUACACAGUACUGUAUUAUAUUUUUUGUGUGUGUUUUUAUUAGGUGGUUUGUCAUAAACUCUGUGUGUGUC